CAAUCUUGGCCCGCAGGCAUAUUACCAUAUCGCACUUAUGACAGUCCGAGCCAUAAUUCAGUCUCGAGUGGAGCUCAUUUUCAAAGGAUUUCCAAAAUGAAACACCAACAAGUUACGGUGGACUAUUGGACCAUGUUUAAGACAUCGGGAAUGUGUCUUUUACUGGCCAUUUGCGGAUUUGUACUUCUGAAAAUGGUGCAGACCAUUUUCUGGCUACCCGGACACCUGAAGAAGAACCAGCAGCGCCUGGAGGAACUGGCCAAAAUCUAUGCCAAGGAUAUUAGCGAGGAAGAGAGGGCCGAGAUCGAGAAACUGUUCAACAGUAAGGAGCCGCUGACUGAAGAACGAAUCAACCAGUUCCUCGACCAGCCAGAGACUUCAGAGCCCAAAAAGGAGCAAUAGUUAAAUAAAUGGAUUUUCCACAUGUUUUAUAUAUA